GUUCGUUAUGAAUGUUUCCAAUUCCUGAUAAGAAACACAAUAAAUAUGGAAGCAACAAUCUUGGAAGAAACAUUUUGUAGGUUGUGCCUAAAUACUAUAAGAAAUUCAAAUUGCCAGGUGAUAGAGGAAGUCAUAAGAGAUGUUCUGAAAAUUGUUUUGCCGGAUGUGAAUUUGGAAGAGGAAGUUAGACAUUUCAUGUGUACAACAUGUUCCGUAAAAUUAUUUGCUGCUUUUAAUUUUAAGUCUGUAUGUAUGGAUACGGAAGACUUAAUUUUUCCUUAUAUUAACGCCAGUAAAAUGUCAGCGAUUGAUUUAAAGGAUGUUUAUCUAAAAGAGAAGGAAAAUAUUCAGUUAACCGAUGUAUCCCAAAGUUUGAGAAUCUGUCGAUUAUGUUUUCAGCCGGUAACUUACGGAUUUGUGGCAUUAAAUGAAGUGGAUGUUGACAUAAUCGAUACAUAUAUACCACAGGUUAAUAUCAGUGCUAUCAGGGAUCCUGUCAUAUGCAUAGCAUGCUUUGAUUCGCUUUGCACCCAUGGCACUUUUUUAAAGAACUGCCUUGAUGCACAUGAGAAAUACACAAACGUCUAUCAACAGUCUUACAUUAAAACUGAAGAAAUUGAAAUAAAACUGGAAGAUCAUCAGGAGGGCGACAGGCUAUGGGACACCUCCGAUGAUGAACCAUUGGAGACGAGUGACUGUAAAGAUGCAGAAGAGGAUGGAUGUAAACAUGAGGAUAGAGCAGCGAACAAAUGCAACGUGAAAAUAAAGAAAUGUGAUAAAUGUAAUUACGAAACUGGAAGCGAGAGGUGUGCGAGGCACGAAAAUUAUUCGAAAGUGUAUAAAUGUGAAUUGUGUGAGUAUGAAACUGAAAAUAAGAAAUUACUUCAGAGCCAUCAGUUGAAGCACAAAGGCCCUUCGGGAAUAGGGAUGCAUCGGUACCAAUCAUGUAAUUACAAGACAAAGCCCAGGUCUAACCUUGCUAAGCAUCAGGUGAAACACAAAGCACUAUUGUACAAGUGUAACUUCUGUGAUUUCAAAACGAAGGGGAGGACCAGUUUUAAUAGUCAUUAUUUAAAGCACAAAGACUCAAACAAAUAUAAUGAAAAUGAUUGUAAAACCAAAUCCAAGGCAUUGCCGCAUAAGAACACAUCACAGUUGCCAAUUUAUAAAUGCGAUGGUUGCAGCUACGAAUCAAAGGAUAACAGUAAUUUCAUCAAACAUCAGUUGGUACAUAAAGAUCCUUCUCAGGUCCAAAUGUACAGAUGUAACGACUCCGAUUAUGAAACUGAAUGUAAGAAUAAUAUCAAAAAGCACCAGCUGAAACAUAAAGAUCCUUCACAGAUUCAAAUAUACAGGUGUAACGACUGUGAUUAUGAAUCUAAGUACAAGUACCAAAUCAAAAAGCACCAACUGAAACAUAAAGAUCCUUCACAGAUUCAAAUGUACAAGUGUCUAAACAUUCAAAUGUAA